AUGAAUAGAUAUGUGGUCAGUUGGAUCGUCAACAACUGGCUCGCGCUGCUGCAACAGCGCCUGGAGAAGAAGAACCUCGGCGACAUCUCCGAGCUCUUCGUGGAAGAGGCCUGGUGGCGCGAUGUCGUCGCUCUCACGUGGGACUUCCACACCAAGAGCGGCCUCGACGCCAUCUCCAAGUACCUUCUCGACUCCACCGUCGACAUGACCAAGUUGCAAUCCUGCAAGACGGGCGGACUCGUACCGCACUUGGAGGAGGAAUACGGCAUGUGGUUCAUCCAGGCCGGCUUCACUUUCGAAACAAAGUACGGCGCCGGCAAGGGCAUCCUCCGCCUCGUCAACGUCGCCCCCAUGACGUGGAAGGCCUGGACCGUCUCGACCCAGCUCGAGGAACUCAAGGGCCAGCCCGCCCUGGCGCACGGUGCCGCCGUCAGACUUACCAACGGCGCUGUCAACGGUGUCAACGGAAACGCCGCUGCCGCUGCCGCUACUACCAGCACUACUGAGCCACAAGUCGUAGUCGUCGGCGCAGGCCAAAGCGGACUCGCCACCGCCGCACACCUCAAGAACCUCGGCCUCUCGUGCAUCGUCGUCGAACGCGGAUCCUCGGUCGCCAACGCGUGGUGGGAACGGUACGACAGCGUCCGGACGCACACCACGCACUACGGCGACCACUUCCCCUUCCUCAAAUACCCCAGCAACUGGCCCAGCUGGCAGGAGAAGCAGCACAUCACGCGGUGGAUGGACUACUACGCCAAGAUCAUGGGGCUCGAGGUGCAGCUCAACUCCACCGUCACCAAGGCCGACUACGACGAGGCGGCGCGCAAGUGGACGGUGCACAUCGAGGACAAGGACGGCGGCCCGCGCACCCUGCGCACCAACCACGUCGUCAUGGCCCUCGGCAUGGUCGGCUCCAAGGGCGCGAUCCCCGACAUCCCCGGCAUGGAUACUUUCAAGGGCCAGGCUUACUCCGCCGCCAGCCACAAGACGGCCGCCACCAUCCCCGACAUCGACCAGAAGAACGUGGUCAUCGUCGGGUGCGCCACCACCGCCCACGAUAUGGCGCAGGACUUUGUCAACCACGGCGCCAAGAGCGUCGCCAUGAUCCAGCGCCAACCCACUUGGUCCUUCUCCGCCGAGGCCAUCAACACCUUCCAUCUCGGCCACUUCACCGUGCCCGGCGUCAGCACCGAAGAGGCCGAUCUCCUCAUCAGCUCGCUCCCCACCGCCGUCGCGCGCGUCUUUGGCUACGAGAUGACGCAAAGAUGGUCAAGCACGACGCCGAGCUCCUCGACAACCUCGAAAGGUCGGUCUCGCCAUCAAGCGCGGCGAGGACGGCACCAGCUUCAUCGACUACCUCUUCUUCCGCGGGGUCACUUCUACGUCGACCAGGGUGCCACGCCCAUGAUUCUCGACGGCCGCAUCAAGAUCCACACGAGCAGCGAGGGUGUCAAGUCUUUUACGCCCGACGCCGUUGUUCUCGCCGAGGACCGCAAGGUCGACGCGGACAUUGUCGUCCUUGCCACCGGUUUCGAGCCGGCCACCGCCCAGCUCAAGCAAAUCAUGGGUGAGAAGAUUGGCGCCCAGGCGGCCAUGUACGGCGCCUUUGAUAGCGAGUUGGAGCGCCUAGGCUGGUGGCGACCCACUGGCAUCCCUGGAUUCUGGUACAUCUGCGGAACUCUAUCUUGGUCUCGCCAGUACUCUGGCAUUCUCGCCCUCCAGAUUGCCGCGGUAGAGAGGGGAUUCGUUGACGGACACUGGGACAACAAGAACUAG